ACAUUGGUUUGGUUGGUUGCUGUAGAAAAGAAAUUGCUUUUUCUGUUUACUUUUAUUAAAUUUUUAUGGAUAUUUACGUGACACUAAAGAAUAAUGGAACCUAGAGAGUUGACAAUGGUGUCAGCAUUACAGGGUACAGAGAAUAUUCGCGUAAAGGCUGAGCCCUGUGAGGAAGUGUGUAUAACAGAUGAGCCCACGUUUGAGGGAGUGUCUGUUAAAGUCGAGCCUUUACUGGAUGCUGUUAUAGUAAAAUACGAGCCCAGGUGCGAGAGUGUGCCAAUAAAAGAUGAGCCCAGGUGCGAUAGUGUGUCUAUAAAAGACGAGCCCAGGUGCGAGAGUAUGUCUAUAAAAGCUGAGCUUUUAGAGGAUGCUGUUUUUGUAAGAGACGAGCCCAGGUGCGAGAUUAUGUCUAUAAAAGAUGAGCCCAGGUGCGAGAGUGGGUCUAUACAAGACGAGCUCAGGUGCGAGAGUGUGCCUGUAAAAGACGAACCCAGGUGCGAUAGUGUGUCUAUAAAAGCCGAGCCUUUAGUAGAUCCUGUAUUUGUAAAAGACGAGCCCUCGUGCUCGGAUGUGUGUGUAAAAGAGGAGUCGUUCGGCGUGAGCGCGGCGGCGGUGGCGGAGCUGUAUACCGAUCACGCCGUGAAAGAUGAGCUCGUGCUCGGCCCCGUGCUAGUGGAGCGGCGCGUGCGCCACGCACCAACAGGACAAACUCAACAGAAGAGGCCGGGAAGUGCCACGGGAACAGCCAUAACCUCUUUUACACGUAGUGUAAGGACACAUUCUAAAAACAAAUCUUACAAAUGUGGCGAGUGUAAUUAUGCUAGUGCGUUCAAAACUCAUUUGCAAAUUCAUAUGUUGAAUCACACUGAAAAGCUUUACAAAUGUGAUAAAUGUAGUUAUGCUACUAAUUACAAAGGAAGGUUAUCAAUUCAUAUAAGAACUCACACUGGAGAAAAACCUUACAAAUGUGAGUACUGUAGUUUUGCUAGCAGCCGUAAAAGUUUUUUGCAAAUACAUAUAAAGGCACAUGCUGAAAGUUACCAGUGUGAACUGUAUAAUUAUGGUAGCGACCAUGAAACUAGUUUGGAACAUCAUGUAAAGAAACACGAGGUGAGGUGUUAUGUGAACAAAAAACGUGCGCUCACACAGACAGUCGACGAGUCACAGGAUGUAGCAUAGACACAGAAUGAGUAAUAGUACUACCAUACAGAAAGGACACUUCCUACAAUACCGAAGUUUGACAGCGAUUCAGCGUUGAAUCUUUAAAUUUCUUUUUGCUUGCUUUAAAAAAAUAAAAAUUCCUUUUUUAAAGUAUUAUUUAUUGACGUCAUCCAUAAUUCCAUUUUUUGCAAAUUAAAUUGUAUGCAUAUUAUUAUGUAUGUACUUACUUUUUAAA